GCCGCCCGGCGGGGGAACCAGGGAGGGAUGGAAACUAUUUCCCUUGGCGAGUCUCUGAUGCCUUCCCUGCAGUGGGAGGGAGUGGGUCGGCGUGGGGUGCCCCGCGUUGGAGUGAGUGUGGCUCUGCUAGUGUGCCCCGCCCCGCAUCUAGGUGCCGGGCUGUGAGGGAGGAAGACGCUGUCCUACAUCUACCUGCAGAAAUUGCCGUCUCUAGCCACAGAAGGAAACGAAGUAGCAGGCAGAAGAGUUUGGUGUUGAUGUAGAGUAUAUUGCCAAAUAGCUAACAGUACAUCCCAUCACCAUAAGAUGAUGCAGUGCUACAUCAUGAUAUUACUUUGAGACCUGUUCCCGAGACCACCAAAACUGACUGGCUUAGUUCAUAGAGAUGAGUGUGCAACAAACAAGGGAGGAUGAAAAUGCAUAGUGCAGUCUAAUGUCCAGAGUAGAAAAUCUAGCAUUAUAAUCUAAAUUAUAACAGUUUAUAUUUGUUACAACAAUAUGUUAAAAACACUGAAAAUGCUGGAACAAGAGAGAUGAGUACUCCUUUCACUAAGGCCUAGAAUUGCCUGUUGAUCAACAGUCCUGACCAGGCAAUAUACGAAUGGCCCAAGGAAGCCAGCAAAUAGAUUUUCAGGUUUUACAUGACCUGCGACAAAAAUUUCCAGAGGUACCUGAAGUUGUUGUGUCCAGAUGCAUGUUACAGAAUAAUAAUAACUUGGAUGCCUGUUGUGCAGUUCUGUCUCAGGAAAGCACGAAGUAUCUCUAUGGUGAAGGAGACCUAGGUUUUUCGGAUGAUUCUGGGAUUCCUGGAUUACGAAAUCACAUGACAUCUCUUAACUUAGAUUUGCAGUCACAGAAUGUGUAUCACCACGGAAGAGAAGGAAGUAGAAUGAAUGGAAGUAGGACUUUAGCUCACAGCAUUAGUGAUGGACAUCUUCAAGGCAGCCAGCACAACAAUGAACUGUUUCAGCAAGAGCCACAAACAGCACCAGCUCAAGUUCCACAGGGAUUCUUUAAUACAGUUAGUACUUCUAAUCCAGGACACUUGGGAUUUCACAUAGGCAGCAAAGGAAAAUCUAGCCCCUCUCAGCAGACACCCAGAUUCAAUCCCAUUAUGGUAACUUUAGCCCCCAAUAUUCAGCCUGGUCGCAAUACCCCUACAUCUUUGCACAUACAUGGUGUACCUCCACCUGUACUUAAUAGUCCACAGGGAAAUUCUAUCUAUAUUAGGCCUUAUAUUACAACUCCAAGUGGUACAGCUCGACAGACACAGCAGCAUCCAGGUUGGGGGUGUCAGUUCAAUCCCAUGCAUCCUCAGCAAGUCUACCAGCCUUCACAAUCAAGUCCCUGGACUACUCUUCCUACAUCCAAUUCUCUUACACAUACCUCAUCACAACAGUCAUCACAGCCAAACCAACAAGGCCACCAGACUUCUCAUGUCUAUAUGCCUAUCAGUUCACCCACCACUCCACAAGCACCCAUGAUUCAUUCAUCUGGUAGUUCACAAUCUGCUGCCCACAGCCAAUAUAACAUUCAAAAUAUCUCAACAGGACCUCGCAAAAACCAAAUCGAAAUCAAACUUGAACCACCACAAAGAAACAGCUCUUCAAAGCUGCGUUCAUCUGGUCCUCGCACUUCCACUAAUCCCUCUUCCCUGAACAGCCAGACAUUAAGUAGAAGUCAACCCACUGUUUACAUAGCUGCCAGUCCACCGAAUACAGAUGAAGUGAUCACACGCAGUCAACCUAAGGUCUACAUUUCAGCAAAUGCCACAACAGGAGAUGAACAGAUUGUGCGAAACCAACCAACACUCUUCAUAUCAACAAAUCCUGGGGUAACUACUACCUCUAGGAAUAUGUCUGGUCAAGUAAGCAUGGGUCCUGCAUUUAUUCAUCACCAUCCACCCAAGAGUCGAGCAGUGGGCAACAACACCACUGCAACCUCUCCUCGAGUGGUAGUCACGCAGCCUAACACAAAAUAUACUUUUAAAAUUACAGUUUCUCCAAAUAAACCCCCUGCAGUUUCACCAGGGGUAGUAUCCCCAACCUUUGAACCUACAAAUCUUCUAAACCUUCCUGAUCACUAUACAGAACCAGAGGGAAUCCAGCAUCUUACUGACCCUGUUUUAGCACAUGUGGAUAGGAUCAAUGAUGCACGGAAAUUGAGUGUGGGAUCUGAUGAUGCUGCCUAUACACAAGCUUUACUGAUACACCAGAAAGCCAGGAUGGAGCGACUUCAACAUGAACUUGAGAUUCAAAAGAAAAAGUUGGAUAAUCUAAAAUCAGAGGUCAAUGAAAUGGAGAAUAAUCUGACACGAAGGCGGCUGAAAAGAUCGAAUUCUGUUUCUCAAAUUCCUUCACUGGAAGAAAUGCAACAGUUGCGAAGUUGUAACAGACAGCUGCAGAUAGACAUAGAUUGCCUAACCAAAGAGAUUGAUCUUUUUCAAGCAAGAGGACCACAUUUUAAUCCCAGCGCUAUUCAUAACUUUUAUGACAAUAUUGGAUUUCUAGGUCCUAUGCCACCAAAACCCAAAGAUCAAAGGUCCAUUGUCAAAACACCAAAGACUGUUCCAGACACAGAUGAAGAUGAGGGAGCUCAGUGGAAUUGUACUGCUUGUACUUUUUUAAAUCAUCCAGCCUUAAACCGUUGUGAACAGUGUGAAAUGCCUCGGCAUUUCUAACCCAACAGGCCCCAUUAUCUUUUGUAAAACCAUAACAAACCUACAAUGGACUGUUCUGACAUUGGGGAAAAAUCAUUCAUGCAUAGGAUUUUGUAAAAUUGAAGGUUUAACAAGAUGGUGUUUUACUAAUGUUAAAUGUCAGCCCACCAAGCUAAUAAUACCUCAGUGUUGUGUCCAAGGCAGUUGAAAUUCAUCAGCUGAAAGGUAAUCUGCUGAAAGACUUGGUUGCCGGCUGCCUUAGCCAUGUACAGUAUUACCAAUAUCCCAAUAAGAUAAUUCUCACCGUGUUCAGUGCUUGGGUGUUCCCCAUCCCUUUUUAUCCCCCAAUGUCACUACUGAAUUUUGACAGGGGAAAGGAAUAGAAUGAUAGCUUUUUUGUUUUCAAAGCAUUCAGUGAAACACUACAAAUGCAGAGGAAAUUAAAAGGAACAAGGUUUAAUUAAACUGUUUGCUGCCACAGUGCCCGUGGAUAGGGGAAGAACUUCACAAAUCAGUGGUACUCUUUGCCUUGUCUUCCCUGAAAACGUCUCUGCUCUGUGAAGCCAGACUCUAUAUGAUCACCUCUAAAGAUGAAAAGGAGAAACUGCAUGCAUUGUCUGUACAAUACACAGUGAAAUACCCCAAAGCUUUUCCUACUGUACAUAGCUCUAGAGCCUGCUUUAAGUGAUUUCUUUUCUUCACCUUUAUUAUUUUCUUGUACUUCUGUAUGUAUAGUGUAAUAGUCUUUUUGUUAACUUUCUUUUUUCCCUUGAAGUGAUUAGCACGAUCAUGUCCCUUUUUUAAGCUUUUAUCCGAGAGAAGCAAUGCCUUAAAAUAAGAGCAUUAAUGAUAAGAAACUAUGCACAAAAUAGCUUUCCUCUGCUCAUUCUGUACAUUGCUCUUGUAAAUGCUGAUGAUCUGUGAAGACCUGCAGAUGCAGCUUGGUAAAAAAUGCAGGAAAAGUUGGAAGAGUUAUACAUAUAGUUCACUCUGUACACUGAAUUUUACGGUGGGUGACACAAAAUAGUAUUUUGUCUGGCAAAAAGAAGCAAACUAAGAAAAUUUCAACCCACCAACAGACUAGCAUCCAAUUUAAGCUUGCUUCAUCUGCUGGGUAUCUUGCAGACUCUUGAAGAGAUAUUUAUCAGGGAACUACUUACAGUGCCAAAAUCAACAGCCACAACAUCAUAUAGCUUUGUUCAGAAAAGUUUAAAUAUUUUCCUGUUUGGCAGCCAGUUUCUAAACCUUACGUGGUGGUGAAGUCUUAUAGAAUAUGAGGACAGCAAUAUUUAGGACAACUGAAAUAAAGGCUGGAAAAGAGAAAUCAUGCAGACUUGAACAUUGAUGCAACCUCAGCAUCUCUUUAUUUUGAUAAUUAUUUUAAAGGAAAAUAGUCACGUGAUCAGGAAUGUAUGUAACUGAAGUAAAGAAAAUGAAAUUAUAUUAUACUACACAUGAAAAAGACAGCAUGUAAAUAAUAAGGUAGCAGCACUAAGUGAGGCUGGAGGGAGUACUAAAAUGUAGCAAAAGGCAAGAGAGAUAGUAGACUGUCACCCACUGUAAACAUUUUCCAGUGGACAUUUUUAAUAGGAAUUUUACAAGUGAUCUAUGUGAAUGCACAAAGGCCUUUUGUUUUGAAGGCUUUGAUUUUUUUAUGUGGGAAGAAAAUGACAAUCCCAGGUAAUUAAGCAGUAGACCCAAAGCACUUGCAUUCAAUGCAUUUUGGUAAUAUAAAUGAGGCCUUGUUUUUCAGCUUCAUCUGCAGUUCUAUGUGAAGAUUGACAAAUCAGUUUUUACCUGUUUUAUUAAUAAAACCUAAUUUGGAUAUCUUGAGUUGAUGGUUUUGUGAUUUUAGCUGGGUAAACUGUCUUUGUAACAGAUAAGUUAUUUAUAAAAAUUAAAAAAAUAUAUUCUAAUGUUUGGUUUGUGAUUUGUUUGCUUUUCCAGCCUAGCGGAUUAACAGUAUAGCCAACUAAGCAUGAAUAGCU